CAGGAACGCUAACAUUUAGUAUGCCCCCCCACAUUUACAGUUAUCAAUUCCCUUGAAAAUAGAGUUCAUCUAUCUAUAUCAAAAUUGUAACAGAGCGUAAACAUUUUACUAGACCAAUCGAUUUUUCACCCGUAUAAGCUUCCCCUGUGGACGACUCUAGGUAAUCGGACAUCGUAUAAUACCUGCUCUCCAAAUACUGUCCAUUAUAUUCCAUUGAAUGGCUUUGGGCCAUGCGUUAUCUUCGAAACCCAAAUACUGUCGAGUGCGAUGACCUCCAUCCUGAGCCUCAGGGAUAUUAGAUUCAUGUUACAUUAUGAAAUAGAUUAGUACUCUUUAGUCCAUUUCGCCGUAUUAGGCCAUAUCGGGCCAUCGAUGCACCAAGCAUCGAUCGAGGCAACUAGGUCAAACAAAAUGAUCCAGUCAACACAAAAAACAUAUAGCCCGAAUAACUCUCGCCACUAGAGAGUUACUUUUCGACCGUCUCAUCACGAUACGUGAUUAGAAAAGGUAUUCCUUGUGCUGCACCAAAAUUCUAUUGGUUGUGAACUUACCCUAUCCGGAAGCGUUCCUUAUCUAACGCUAUUCAGUAGUAAGUGCCAGAAGGCUGCUGAAACUCGAGGGAAGUCAGUAAAAAUUAGUCAGGAAAAUCAAGCAGAACAACAAAGUACUUCAAUGAAGAGUGAAACUUGGGGAGCACCUUUCAAAUGUAUGAUCUGCGGAGAAUUGCACAGUGAUAAACUGCAUCUCGGUCAGCACUUCGAAACACAUCAUGCUGGACGUAGCCAAGAAGCAGGCCAACAGGUGUCAGCCGUCACUCCAGAAGACGACAGUAAACCGUCCACUUCCUCGGCGCCGUCAGUCAACACAGCCGAAUUCCCCGCAAGCAGCACUUUAAACAGCCAUAGCCUUCAGCAUGUCAACGUGCCGCACGCCAGUUACACGUCAACGCCCAUCAGGGGACCUGGCGGACAAAUUCUUGGAUGGAUCAGAACUCCAAUACGAAGUGGCGGUACAGAUGUGAACAAUCCAGCAUCCAUUUUCCAUCAUCAGUUCUCCACGCCCCUGAUGAGCCCAUUGGUACAUGGGCCAUCCUCUCAGUAUUCACGUCUUCCCACAGAUAUCGUUUACAAGGAGGAACCGGAUGAAUAUGUGAGCGAUUACUUCCUGUCGCCUUCAUAUCCCGACCCUCUUUUUCAUCAUCAUUCGCACUCGAUCGGACACCCCCCACCUCCACAUGGCCAGCAUCAGCUCUCUGUCCCCCAGCAUCAGCACACUCAGCAGCCCCUUCAAGCGCAGUCAUUCUAUUACGGCAACCCUGCAAGCUACGAGACCCGUCCCGGCGACUAUGGAUCGGCGAGCUAUGGCGGAUGAUGUUGCCUUAAAGC